CCCCAAGACCCUCACCGCCCUAAAACCCAACAACAACAAACGUAUUUGUUGUUACUCGUGAAAUUGUCUCGAGUUGCUGUGAACGGCAGUGAUGGGCAGUGAUCGUGAUAAGUCUCGUGAACGAACAAGCCGUAAAGAUGUCAAGAAAAAGAAGAAAAGAUCAUAUUCAAGAUCCAGUUCUCGAGAGAGCGUGCACUACAGGCGCUCACGUUCAAGAUCUUCAUCAAGACACAGAGAACGCAGGGAUCACAAGAAAAAUCAUAGAUCAAGGUCACGGGACAGGGAUAAAAGCAGAAAAUCGGAGAGAUCACGAUCAAUAGAGAGAGAAAGACAGAGGUCACACUUAAUUGACAGAGAAAAGAAACAGGUACAAUCUUUAGGUCAAGGAAGGGAAAAGCAGUGGUCUAGAUCAAGAGAGAUCAGCAGUUAUAAUUACAGAGAGAGUCAUAGAUUUGUAUCCCAUUCUGAGGAUUUGUCAUCAAAAAGUAAAUCUAAAUACAAGAAAAGCAACAAAAAAGAUAUCAAAAGGUCAAGGAAAUCUUCAUCUUCAUCAACUUCAUCUGAAAGUUUUGACGAGUUCAGCUCUGAAGACGAUACCAAGUUACUGCAGCGCCUACAAGAGGAAAGGAAGAAGGCCAAGGAGGACAAAAUAAAGCAAAAGAAAGCCAAGAAACUGAUGGAAACGCCAGCGGAAAAAAGAUUACGUAGACUCCAGAAGAAGGAAGCCAAGGAGAGGAAAAGAAAGGAGAAGAUGGGUUGGGAUAGUGAAUACCUUCAUUUCACAAAUGCAGAUAACCCAUAUGGGGAUAAUAACUUACUCGAUACAUUUGUGUGGAACAAGAAAUUAGAAAAGGAAGGCCUCACUGACAUCUCCAGAGAGGACAUUGAAAAGCAGAAUCGUGAAAAGAUGGAUGAAAAAAAAUGGAGCGGGAGAAGGUUAAGAAGCGACUAAAGCAAAAUUUGGGGGAAGCUAGAGGGGGAGAAAAUGAUGGAGCGGGAAACACGAAAAAGGGGAGCAGCGUUCUCACAGUUUUCUAAGCAGAAGACCAAUUCAAUUUUGGAGCAAGCACGGGUUCGUUCACAAAUUCGAAUUUAGGAUGGACUGCUAAGCCAAUUAUCUUCUAGCUCAGAUGUAAUUCAGAAGGAUGUAUCAGCAUGGACAUGCAUGAACCAUACACCCCACCUGACAGGACUUACACUUAUGGAUCUAGAAGACCUUCUGGAGGACAUUAAAGUAUACAUGCAAUUAGAAAAAGAGGGUAUAAACCAAACAUAUUGGACUGACUUGACUAUUAUUGUCCAAGACGAACUUCGCCGUUUACGUCAGCGAGACACCAUAGAAGAUGCCACCACUCAUCGUCAGGGUAUUCAUGCAGCAGUAGCAGCUGAUGUGUCCUCUGUCUUUCAAAAUAAGUCGCUCUCGGAACUAAAUAAAUUGCAGUUGAAUAUUGAGGCCAAAUUGUCUGGACCCACGACUGGCCUGGACAUUGGUUAUUGGGAAUCCCUUCUGUCGCAACUUAAAGCUCACCAAGCUCGAGCGAGACUUCGCGAACGUCACAGAGACAACCUCAGGAAGAAGCUGGAAAUGCUCAAAGCAGAACAAGGAGUAAAAGAAGAGGAAGAAGUACAAGAUGAAGAUAUUGAAAACAAAGAUCUGCCAGAAAUAAAAGUGGAAUCCAGUGAUGAAUCUUCGCAAGAAUCCAAAAUAUGUAAAGAAGAAGAGGAGGAGGAAGAGGAGGAAGAGGAGGACAAAGAUGAAAGUGGAAAUGAUAGAGAAGAAGGCAGAGAAGAGGAAUGGGAUUCCGAGUGCGAGGGUGAUGCAGCAAUUGCCUCGUCUAUCUCGGCAUAUGCGUCAGGGCGUUACUCUCCCCGGUUAUUCCCUCCAAAUAAACUGGAACCCGGUACUGUAGUAGUGGACGAAACAGAAGAUGAACAACGGUUGGCCUGGGCCCGACAGCGUGUAAUAGGCGCAGGUCAACCUGUGGAGAGUGUCUUAACUGCUGAGGAGAAAGUAAUGCAGCAAGAGGCUCAACGGGCCAUGACCAGUGAUGAAGCACAGUUCAGCGUGGAAGCCAAAUUGGACACCCAACACUUUCUGUGGUCUGACAAGUACCGGCCUCGCAAACCUCGCUACUUCAACCGUGUCCACACUGGUUUUGAAUGGAACAAAUACAAUCAGACACAUUAUGAUAUGGAUAAUCCACCACCCAAGAUAGUCCAGGGAUACAAGUUUAAUAUCUUCUACCCAGAUCUUAUUGACAAAUCCAAGACACCACAGUACGAACUCAUUCCAUGCGAUGAUAAUAAAGACUUUGCCAUUCUCAAAUUCACAGCAGGACCUCCAUACGAAGCAAUUGCCUUCAAAAUUGUGAAUCGUGAAUGGGAGUAUUCUUAUAAGAGGGGGUUUAGGUGCCAAUUUCACAAUAAUAUUUUCCAGUUGUGGUUCCAUUUUAAGAGGUAUCGUUAUAGGAGGUAAAUACUGUGGGCAGUUUAUCUUAUGUUGGUAUAGUUUGUGCUCUAUUUAUUAUUUUAACUAUGUACAAAAGUUUUCAUAGUUUAAUGAGGAUAAAUGAAAGUUAUUCAUUGUUAACAUUUUCAUAAUGUUUUUAGUUUUUUUUACACCAUUUAUUUUUGUAAAAUUCUUGUAUUUUUUUUAAUUUGGAAUUAAAUGCAUAAGAGGUAGAGUUACUGUAUUUUGGGUAUAAAAAAUAUAAUGUAAUAAACACAGUAAAAUGUGGUUUUUGCGGAAUUUUAUUAAAAU